GGAUGGUUGGGUUGGGGAGAGGCUGUGAUGUUUUGAUACUGGGUUGUGAAGGCGGAGGGAGAUAGGACGUCCACAUACGGAACAUGAACCAGAUCAUUGAAGCGCCCGACGAUUGUUUCACGAUACGACCAACACUCGCAUCACGGAAUCCGAUGCGAUAUCGGAUGAUUCCACUACUGGACGGAUAUGUGGGCCUUCUUAACUCCACUCGGAAGGCUACCAUAAUCCUCUUUAUUCUUUCCCUCUCUUUUCUUUUCUUUCUUUCCUUUCUAGGGCUGGCGACUGCCCCUAUGUUCUUGAUGCCAGCAUCUCCAUGGCGUUUUCGGGCUACAAGGAUACGCAAACACGACUGGCUUCAUGCCGGGAGAGUACGUAUUUAGAUAGGUUAUGGUCUGGGUUUUCGGCUUUAGCUUGUAUUGGAAAGUGAUCAAUCCAAACGGGGCUAAAGGGGAGGCGGAGUUUUACAUAGAACUCGGAAAUGAGAAUUGGCAUCUCUGCUCUUAAAUAUUUUUGUUGGUGUUUUUUUUUGUAGAUCUGGGGGUGGUGAUUUGGCAAGUGGGUUCUGAUAUGCCGUCG